AUAGAAGAGUACGAGACGACCGGCCGCCAGAUGGCGCAGGACCUGAGCCGCCUCCAGUCGGACCGCGCCCGCCUCCAGGUGCUGGUGGACCAGAAGGACAAGGAGAUCGUUCACCUGCGUGACCCGGACAAGGACAUGACGCACAACCUCAAGGUGCUCAACGAAGAGGUCACCAUGCUGCGUACGCAGACACGACGGCUACACGAGGAGAAGGGUUUGCUGAAGUCCCGCAGUCAGAAGAUUGAGUCGACUCUGGAUGAAUCGCAAAAGGUGAAGAACAAAAUGAUGGUAGAGAGAGACGCCUUGUUCAAGGAAAACCAGGAG